GGGUUGGCAGCGAUGUGACCUGGACGCCCGCCCCGAAGGAGUCCGGACCGAACGUCCCCGGAGAGUCGCCGGCCGUGCCAGGAAGUCAACUUCAAGCAGACUGACUCGAAUCGAGAUCUCCUUUGUGAAGCUUAAGUGUCCAGGAAACUGCAUUGGUAUUUUUUCACUUGGGAAAUACUCGAGUUCCAGUGGCUUUACCAUCCUGCACCUUACUUUCUGAAAACCUGGCAAUCCCAUGUGGACUUCUGGUAGAAUGAGCAAUGCAAAGAGCUGGCUGGGACUUGGCAUGUCCUUGUACUUCUGGGGACUGAUGGACCUUACAACCACCGUUCUCUCGGGCACACCAACACCACCAGGCAAAUUAGAAGCACUUCUGUCAGACAAACCACAGUCACACUCGCGGACAAAAAGGAGCUGGGUCUGGAACCAGUUUUUUGUUCUGGAAGAGUACACUGGAACUGAUCCUUUGUAUGUUGGCAAGCUUCAUUCAGACAUGGACAGGGGAGAUGGAUCCAUCAAAUACAUCCUCUCAGGAGAAGGUGCAGGUGUCGUGUUUACCAUCGACGACACCACUGGAGACAUCCAUGCCAUUCAGAGGCUUGAUCGAGAGGAAAGGGCCCAGUACACUUUAAGGGCUCAAGCCCUAGACAGGCGGACUGGCAGACCAAUGGAGCCAGAGUCAGAGUUCAUCAUCAAAAUCCAAGACAUCAAUGACAAUGAGCCCAAGUUCCUGGAUGGACCUUAUGUCGCCACUGUGCCAGAAAUGUCACCAGUGGGGACCUCUGUUAUCCAGGUGACAGCCACAGAUGCUGAUGAUCCAACCUACGGCAACAGUGCCCGGGUAGUGUACAGCAUUCUCCAGGGCCAGCCAUAUUUUUCCGUGGACUCCAAAACAGGUGUAAUUAGGACAGCACUCAUGAACAUGGACCGAGAAGCCAAAGAAUACUAUGAAGUGAUUAUCCAAGCCAAGGACAUGGGAGGGCAGCUUGGAGGACUAGCUGGGACCACAACAGUCAACAUCACCCUCUUGGAUGUCAAUGAUAACCCACCCCGCUUUCCCCAGAAACAUUAUCAGAUGAGUGUGUUGGAAUCGGCUCCAGUCAGCGCCACUGUGGGUAGAGUGUUUGCCAAGGAUUUGGAUGAAGGAAUCAAUGCCGAGAUGAAAUACACCAUUGUGGAUGGAGAUGGUGCAGAUGCCUUUGACAUUAACACAGAUCCCAAUUUCCAAGUUGGCAUCAUAACUGUGAAGAAGCCCCUGAGUUUUGAAAGCAAGAAAAGUUACACCUUAAAAGUGGAAGGAGCCAAUCCUCACCUAGAGAUGCGUUUUCUGAACCUAGGCCCAUUUCAGGACACAACAACAGUGCACAUCAGUGUGGAAGAUGUGGAUGAGCCCCCCAUAUUUGAGCCAGGCUUUUAUUUUGUGGAGGUUCCUGAGGAUGUGGCGAUUGGAACAACCAUCCAGAUCAUUUCUGCCAAGGACCCGGAUGUAACCAACAACUCAAUCAGAUAUUCCAUUGACAGAAGUAGUGACCCUGGAAGAUUCUUCUAUGUUGACAUUACAACAGGUGCCCUAAUGACUGCAAGACCCCUUGAUAGGGAGGAGUUUUCUUGGCAUAAUAUCACUGUCCUUGCUAUGGAAAUGAAUAAUCCUUCCCAGGUUGGAAGUGUUUCUGUCACAAUCAAAGUCUUAGAUGUGAAUGACAACGCUCCAGAAUUCCCCAGAUUCUAUGAAGCUUUUGUGUGUGAAAAUGCCAAAGCAGGGCAGCUGAUCCAGACAGUGAGUGCAGUGGACCAAGACGACCCACACAGUGGCCAGCACUUCUACUACAGCUUGGCUCCAGAGGCUGCUAACAACCCCAACUUCACCAUUAGGGACAACCAAGAUAACACCGCCCGGAUUCUGACCAGGAGGUCUGGCUUCCGGCAGCAGGAGCAGAGCGUCUUCUACCUGCCCAUCCUGAUAGCGGACAGCGGGCAGCCGGUGCUGAGCAGCACGGGCACGCUCACCAUCCAGGUGUGCACCUGCGACGACCACGGCCACGUCCUCUCCUGCAGCCCCGAGGCCUACAUGCUCCCCGUCAGUUUGAGCCGGGGCGCCCUCAUCGCCAUCCUGGCCUGCAUCUUCGUCCUCUUAGUGCUGGUGCUGCUCAUCCUGUCCAUGAGGCGGCACCGGAAACAGCCGUACAUCAUCGACGACGAGGAGAACAUCCACGAGAACAUCGUCCGCUACGACGACGAGGGCGGCGGCGAGGAGGACACCGAGGCCUUUGACAUCGCGGCCAUGUGGAACCCCCGGGAGGCGCAGGGGGGAGGCGCCCCCAGGACGCGGCAGGACAUGCUGCCCGAGAUCGAGAGCCUCUCCCGCUACGUGCCUCAGACGUGCGCCGUGAACAGCACGGUCCACAGCUACGUGCUGGCCAAGCUCUACGAGGCCGACAUGGACCUGUGGGCCCCGCCCUUCGACUCCCUCCAGACCUACAUGUUCGAGGGGGACGGCUCCGUGGCCGGGUCGCUGAGCUCCCUGCAGUCGGCCACGUCGGACUCGGAGCAAAGCUUCGACUUCUUGACGGACUGGGGGCCCCGCUUCCGGAAGCUGGCGGAGCUCUACGGGGCGGCGGAGGGGCCCGCGCCCCUGUGGUGA